UUUACUUUUUUCUUAAAAAACAAUUUCAUAAUUAUAAGUAAAAUCUAAAAAUGCGUUGUGCAGUGGCUUUGUGUAAGACAGACAAUCGGCGUGAAGGUUUUACCAAAGGUACUAGAUUCUUUCGGUUUCCAGUGGAUCUUAAUGUGCAAAAACUUUGGAUAAACGCUUGUAAACGCCUGGACAAAUUUAAUCUUAAAUCUGCGAGAGUGUGCUCCAAACAUUUUGCAGAAGAUAGCUAUGAAAGAAAUUUAAAAUAUGAACUUUGUGAUUUUUAUUCCUCAAAAAACCAACGAAUUUUAAAGACCAAUGCAAUACCAUCCCUGAAUUUGCCAAGCACCACUCAUAAUCCUAAAGUAAAUCAGCGAAAAAAGCGGUUAACUAAAAGAAAUCAGCCAGAAUUAGUGGAGGAGGUCCUUUUAGACAAUACUCAAAACUGCGUUGAGAGGGAUAAUGGUCCACCUGAUAAUAGUAGUAACAUGAUUGUUACCAAUAUUAAUAUUAGGAACACUGAUGUCUUAGAGGUAGAUUCAAGCAGUUCUCCUCAAUCAACUUAUAGGGAAAUUAGCACCCAGACAGAUGAUGAUAACAGGGAUAAAACAAUUUUAGAGUUAAAAGAGGAAAUUGAACGUUUGAAAAAUGAAAAAAGGAUAUUUGAAACAAUUUUUACUCCUAAUCAAAUAAAAAAAUUAAAAAACCCUGAGAAACGAGCAUCAUGGUCAAAAGAAGAUGUAGAGAGAGCUAUUGUUAUACAUUCAGCAGGGGCAGAAGCAUAUAGACUUCUUUUGAAAAAUGGAUAUCCUUUACCUGCAGAAUCUACUCUUAGAGCAUGGUGUAAAAAAGUGAAAUUAGAACUAGGGAUUUUAAAACCAGUAAAAUUUGAUUUUGCUAAUAUAGUUUCAAAGUUUUUGGGAAAAAAAUAUAGAAUAUAUACUAAACGUAUACCAAAAGAAUAGAUCUAACACUAGGGUUGCCAACCGUCCUCUAUUCCAGAGGACAGUCCUCUUUUUGAUCUCACUGUCCUCUUUUCUCUCACAUAUUGAAAAAGUCCUGUUUUUUACAUACCAAACUCAAAAUCUAAAAAAUAUUUGUCUAUCACCACAGUAUUUUAAAUAAUUAUUGUUAAUUUGUCUUUCGCUACUCCCACUCGUUUGAACAGAAACGAAAAUAAAGAAAUAUUUAUGUACAAGAAAUAUUUGUGGAAGUUUAUGUUUACUUACUGUUAACUUUUGUUUUGAAAAUGGUUUGUUUUAUUUUAACAAGUUAUUUUGUGCUCUCGUCCUCUUAAUUUUAUUUUGAAAGUUGGCAACCCUAUCUAACACAUCAAGAAAAAAAUGUGUGUUCUGUCGUUUGAUGAAAUCAAAGGCCGAAAUGUAUAACCUGUGGUAUAACUCUAUGAUAAAUCAAAUGAUUGAAGAGAUGAUAAAUCAAAUGAUGAAGAUGAGACCUUAACACCAUUCAGUUAUGUACAGGUAGCAAUUCAAUCAGGGGACUGUUCAGCAAUUGGAAACAACCAAUAUUUUAUUCUUUUGAUUGUCAAAUGACAAAGAAUAUUUAGAAACAAGGUUCAAGAACUUCAAAUUUUCCAAGAAAAUAUUUUAUUUGAGAUCAGAAAAUUUGCUAAAAAUGCUGAUUUUUCAAUUGUAGCAAUGGUAAGAAGGUUAGCGAUUUAGGCGGAGGAAACAGAGAUCUGCAUACUUGGUUCCCUAAUCCACCAAAGGGAAAUAAGACAUACGUAUUUGCUCAUGUAGCGCAUCUUAUUACAUUACUUCAGAUAAUUAUGUAGAUCAAGGAUUUAUUUUCAAUGAAAAAAAAAA